AUGGACGAGGAAGACCAGUCACGAGCCAGCUCGCCCACGUCGGACCGCGACAAUGAGCCCGACGAAGUGAUGGAGGAUGUUGAAGCUGAAGGUGACAGGGAAGAAGACGGCGAGAGGGAGGAUGAAGGCGAUGGUGAUAACGACAACGACAACGACAAUGACAAUGAGCAGGCAGCAGACCGAGGAGGCGACAAUGGCGACGUUGAUGGCGAGAACACCACCGACGUCGUGGCGGCCGACGAGGGCCAGGCGACGGACGAUCCGAGCGCAGACGGCGACGACAGAGUCCGCGGCAAGCAGCCCGAGUCGCCCAGCACGCAAUCCGACGCGCUGCAGCUGGACCAGCUCCCGUCCCUCUACAGGACGUGGCGGCCCAAGAUCCGGCCCGAGGUCUACACGGCGCGCCUGUACGACAUCGUCCCGACGAUGGCGGCGCCCAUGUCGACGAGCAUCAACGCCAUGGCCAUCACGCCCGAUCUGCGGUACUGGAUCACCGGUGGCGCCGACGGCUACAUCCGCAAGUACGACGGUCCGGGCACCAUCAAUGGCAAGCUGCCCCUGACCGUCGCCCAGAGACACCCCUUUGUCGAUUCCGUCACAAAGGCCGGCAUCCUCAUGUCGUACUGGCCCAACGAGGAACCAGCAGUCCCAGGGCGCAGCGACCAGGAGCACGUGCUCUCCUCCGUCUACUCGCUGGCCGUCCAUUCAGAGGCUCUCUGGCUGCUCUCUGGCCUCGAGUCUGGCGCAAUCAACCUGCAGAGCGUUCGACACGAUGAGGGCAAGCGGAUCUGCUCUCUCCAGAAACACACCAACGCCGUCAGCGUGCUCACUCUGGCCCCCAAUGAGAGAAGCGUGCUCAGCGGCGCCUGGGACAAAAACAUCUUUGACUGGGACCUCGACACGGGGGACAUCAAGCGGAGCUUCGACGGCAGCGGAGGUCAAAUCUCGUCCAUCGAGCUGCGACCGGCAAGCGGUGCUCCCGUUCCAGCCGAUGCUGACGAGCCUCUGCCAUCCAGCACGAUAUCCACCAACAACGGAGCACCCAUGGCCGGCGCCAGCUUCACGGGGAGCGCGACUGUCAAAAGCCCUAAUGGACUCGACAGAUCCAUUAAUGUCGCCACGAGGGGUGAGACCGACGCUGCGGCUGCAGCUUCUCCGGCCCACGAAAGUCUGUUUGGAGGGAGCGAUGAUGCCGGGAGUCUCUUUGGUGAGACGACAGGAGAGCAGCCGUUUGGUCAUGAUGACGAUGAGUUUGGCGGUGGCAUGAAUAUGGCGGGGGGGGACGAAGCGGGGAUGGACCACUCAGCAGACAAGGCAAUGGAGACCAUGGGCCGCAUGGAAGCGGACAAGCAGCUCAAGCAGUCGGAAUCUGCAGACGAUGCAAUGGACGUGGAUCUGCCGAUAGGCAACGCAGGCGAAGUGCCGGCCCAACAGCAAACCCAAUCGCUGGAUGGCGAGCCCUCGGCUGAGGCGUCAUCUGAGCGCCUAGGCGUCAAGAGGCCGCGAUCUCCCAUGAUUGUCAGCUCGCAGCCACCACCAACACAAUACGAUCCCACGCAGGUAUCGCAGACAACCUUUCUGUCAUCAGCCAUUGACGGCACGAUUCGCGUCUGGGACAGGCGGGUCCCUAGCGCAGUAGCCAGGAUCUCGAACAGGGUAGGCGUACCGCCUUGGUGCAUGAGCGCCUGUUGGAGUCCAGACGGCAACAAGAUCUAUGCCGGCAGACGCAACGGAACAGUGGAGGAGUUUGAUAUUGCCAAAGCCAAGAGGGGAUGGCAGCCAGAAAGGGUGCUUCGGUUUCCGGCAGGCAGCGGAGCAGUGAGUGCGAUCAAGCCCAUGGUCAACGGGCGACACUUGGUCUGUGCGUCACACGACAUCCUCAGACUCUAUGAUUUGCGAGAAUCUCGCGCUUUCAAGCACUCAACCGUGCCGUUUCUCAUCAUCCCGGGACCCCCCAGAGCGGGUGUCAUCUCGAGUCUGUACAUCGACCCGACAAGCAGAUUCAUGCUCAGCGCAGCUGGCAAUCGCGGAUGGGAAGGAACCAACACCGAGGUUCUGAUCGGGUAUGAGAUUCACGUUGUUUCGGGCGCUUAA